AUGAAUCUAGGCAAUUUAAUAGACCACGCACUUCAUCGAGAACCGCAACCUGCUUCUUACGAAAAAAAGAGAAAAUAUAGGCUAGGAAAAACUCUAGGCGCAGGAACUUAUGGGUCAGUUAAGGAAGCCGUGGUGAUUAAAACAGGCGAAAAGGUCGCCAUCAAAAUAAUUCAAAAGCGUGAUGUAAAGUAUCAAGAGGAAAUGGUAUACAAGGAAAUGCAAGUGUUGGAAAAAUUAGAUCAUCCUAAUAUAGUAAAAUUUUAUGAUUGGUUCGAGUCGAGAGAUAAAUUUUACCUUGUAUUUGAACUCGCAACAGGUGGUGAAUUAUUUGAUCGUAUGUGUGAUCGCGGAAAAUUUACCGAAGCUGAUGCUGUAGAAGUUAUAAAAACAGUACUUACGGCAGUAGCAUAUCUUCACGCGAAUCAUAUCGUACAUCGUGAUUUAAAACCAGAGAAUUUAUUAUAUAAGAGUCGAGCAUCUGAUUCCGCUCUUGUACUUGCUGAUUUCGGAAUUGCAAAAGUCAUGAAAGAUGACGAUGAUAUUCUAACUACUUAUUGUGGUUCACCUGGUUACGUCGCACCAGAAAUUUUGAAUCGAGUUGGAUAUAAUAAAUCUGUGGAUCUUUGGAGUAUCGGGGUUAUUACAUAUGCGCUAUUAUGUGGUUAUGCACCGCCUCGUAAUGAGGAUCGAUUUGCCACAACCGAGGAAAGAAAUGGCUUACGCGUAGAGUUUCACGAUCGUUAUUGGAGAAACAUUUCAUCGGAUGCCAAAGAUUUUAUUGUCCACCUACUAAAUUACGACCCGAAAAAACGGCCAACCGCAGAGCAAGCGCUAAAACACAAAUGGCUUACGGGUAAAACGGCAAUGGACAUUGACUUACUGAGUGACUUUGUCGAGAACUUUAAUGCUCGUAGAACAUUUAGAAGAGCGGUGGAAGUUGUACAAGCGGCAAACAGACUCAAGAAAAAUGCUACAAAGAAACCUGAUAGUGAUGAUGAUGAGGAACUACAAAAUGACAAUUGA